UCUCUCUCUCUUAAUUUCUCUACCCUGCUACCACAUCUACUUCCUUCCUUUCUCCCGAACCUCUCUCUCUCUUUCUCUCACUUACUCGCUCCCUUCUCUUUCUACACCUCCUCCUCCUCUUCCUCCUCCUCCUCCUUCUCCCCUGCUUUAACCAUUCCAGUUAUUUUUCAAACCGUCACUUCGCUUCUAUUUCAAAUCUUCCUCGUCUCCUUCAUCUUCUUCUUCUUCUUUUUCUUCUUCUUCUUCUUCUUCUUCUUCUUAUUCGUUUCUCUGGACCCAACAACACUAAAAACUGUUUUGUUUCUCUCUUCAAACCCAGCUGCUACAACAUGGCUUUACUCACUUAAUUUGGCCUUCAAUAUCGGAACCGAAAGCAGUAUUUCGCCCGAACAAAGACACGAGUCUAGUUACCUGAUAUGCGGUAAACCUGUUGAGGUAUGUGAGCUGGUAUUUGAAGUGAAACUUAGCUGCUACUAAGUACAUAGAUGUGUGUAAGAAGAAAUAUACGUCAUCAUUCAGUGAUAUGGUCAAGCCGGUCAGCGGUAAUAAUGGAGUCUACAAGACCAACAUCAGCGAUACAAACAGUUAUAAUUACCAGACAUUAAUGGAAUCGCUGCUCACAGUGUCCGUUGUGGAUUUUAAAAGAUAGAAAACGAAGUCAUCGUCUGCGUACAUGUUUAUAAAGUAUACACAUGUAUAUAUACAACAAUAAUAAUACAGUUAACAUGAAACACGAUGAAACGAAAAUCAAUACCAAAUAAUAUGUUAGACAACUAACGGCAAGAAUUGAAAUCUUCCUUCAACUCUGCAGACAGAUUGAUUUAACAAUGAACUUUCGGGAAAUAGGUGCCAUAAACAGUCAUUUUCAGUCUGUCGUGAGGUUUUUACAUUGAAAGGAAUAACAGAGAUGAUUUGAACCUCAGCAUCUACUAUUAGUAUCAACAUCCCAGCUUGGAGGAUCAAUAAGGUGCUGUCUGUCGUGAACGCCAUUUCAAGACUCCUUUCUUUUCGAUAUUCUGCUUUGGUUUUUUUUUUUUUACUACGAAAACGAAAGAAGACAUUUGUCGGUUCAAGCUUCCCUUUCCACCCUAAGGAAACAUCCGAUAUUCUUUAUUUUGUUAUUUAUUGGGAGAUUUGAGAGAAAAAAAGUACUUUUUACAGACGGAAAUCUAGAAUGAACGAAUCUGCACAACAUUUACAAAAGAAGACAACGAGUACAGCAGCCGAUAAAUUCUAGAGUAAAUAUGGAGUCGAAGGAAAGACCAAAGACUUUGGAACCGUUGAAUGACAAUUUCAGUCGUUCGUUGGUGUCAUUUAGUUCAAAUGGUAAUUGUUGUAAUCCCAGCCCGGCAACAGGAUCAGCCAAUGAGAAGAGACUAGUUAAGCAAUCAGUUCGCAAUGUUGUCGGAAAUUUAGAGAAUGUUCUGGGUAAUUUACAAGGAAUCGUCGGUGAUAUCCGCGUGCUAGUCAACCAGAUAGAGUGUGUGAGCAACAAACUGGAUAAAAAAUAUGGGGUUUACUGGAAGAAAGGCAACAACCAAAAUGUGAAUAGCAAUAGUCAGAACAACAAUAAUAACAACAAUAAUAGUUGUAGCAGUGUGGACACGAGCAACAGAUGCAGCAUCAGUAGCAACGAAGAUAAUAAUUAUGACACAAGAUCCACUGAUUUGGUCGCCACUGACAAUAUGGCUGCCGUCUUCAAACAACAAAAUACUGAUUCAUUUGAAGGUCUGCAGUUUUCACCAGAUUUCGACUGGACUUACAUCACCAUGGCGACAUACCAAAACAAUCCUUUGCUCUGUUGCACAUCCCCACAAUUUGAAUAUAUUCGAUCUCCUGCGUGGAGUGAUAACGGCAACUUCCGGCCUGAUUUUACCGAAGAAGGGCAAGAAGAUUGCGAAGAACUUUCGGAGGCUUCUUUGAUGAGCCUAACCAGUACAGAUAUUAGCCGAUGUAACUCCAUUCCUAGUUCUUGCAGCAAACACUCCAUCUUGUCGUCCACCACACCUAGCAGCGUUCUCAGCGAUGAUAUCUUUAGUCCACAGCUGGCUUUCAUAGACAUUUUCCACUUGUGUUGCCAAAAUACCGGUGAUAGCUAUUGUAGCGUAUACGAAAUUCUAAUGGAAACCACUUUAGAAAGCACCAAACAUUUAAGUGACAGCUUUGAUAGUAGCGACCACGAAGACAUUCACAACGAUAUAAUCCACGAAAACGACGAUGACGACGAUGACGACGAUGACGAUAUCGAAGCCGUUGACGAGAUAGAGGUGACAUCUGUUGGAGACUAUAAAGCUAACUACGACCGAGAUUUGAAUACUUGGACUACAUUUACGUUACUUCAUACAGAUUCCUUGACGGAUUCUGAUGAUCAUUUCUCUGAAACGAAAUCAGAUAUUCUCAACGACAACACAUUAGAAAAACUAGAAAGUACAGUGUUAAGAAAGAAGGAAAGUUUUAGAGGUUCAGAGAGUUCGAUCUUUGAAAACAUAGCGUUCAAAGAAAAUUCGGUGACAAUUUUUUGAAAAGGUCUACAAAUAACUUGGAAGUUUCCACACGAAAAUAUCGAAAGAAAACAUCAAAAGAAAGCAAAAAAAAAAAGACAACAACAAAAAAACAAAAAAAAAUCAUACAAAGAGAAACGU